AUGCGGAAGCGGAACGUUGGUAUGGAGUCAUUGGUUCCGCCACCGCCGCCUCUUCUCGUUUGUGGAUUAACUAAUAAAGAGCAAGAGAUGUCAGAAAUGGUAUCAGCUUUGGCCCAUGUAGUUUCGGGCAAUCCGACUGAAGAAGCUGUGCAAAGACCGGAAGAUGCCACAGGUGGCGGUGGCGGUGCUAAUCCUACUGCAUCUUCAUGGGCUGUUGGAGAUAAGAGGUUACGUCAACAGCAAAGCUCUAAGCAGUUAUCUGAAUCGUCUGAUAGAGUUUACAGGGCACAUAGUGAUGUUUCCUCUGGAUCAGAAGCAGUAUAUACGUAUACUACUACUACUACUACUACAUAUAAUAACUUUGGCCAUGGGGGAAGCAAUAGAAGAUACCGAGGGGUGAGACGGAGGCCAUGGGGCAAAUGGGCUGCUGAAAUUAGAGAUCCAUCCAAGGCUAGUAGGGUUUGGCUGGGAACAUUCAAUACUGCUGAGGAUGCUGCUCGAGCAUAUGAUGAAGCUGCGCUCAGAUUUAGAGGCAACAAAGCCAAACUCAAUUUUCCAGAAAAUGUUACUCGACUCCUUAUCCCAUCUUCAUCUUCAGCUGAACCUAGUCUUCAUACUCAAACUCGCCAUCAAUUGCAGAAUCCUACAGAGAGAUUGUUGACAUCAGCAUUUCAGUCUCCGUCGAUUUCUUCCGAGAGCAUGCUGUGUUUUCCUCACUUUCCGGCACAGCCGCCGGAGAAUUUCAGGAUCGGCGACAGUCAAAGCAGGAGAGGCGAUAUUGGACCUCAGUUUUCAAGUCAUCAGAAUUCUUCCGGAUGA